CUGCAACUGAUGACCAGGCCGCAACAGCGAGCCCGCGCUCUCCCUCCUCCGUCUGCUUGUGGGAACUCUGAACGGGACCAGUGAGCCGGUCUUGGUUCCGCUUCUAAACCAAACAAGAGGAGCCAUGGAGGGACUUUAUUUUGAGGUGAAGCCCACGAGCGAUAGGUCCCGUGGCGCUCCUUUAACUUUGGAGAUCACUCCCUCGGGUCCCUCUGAGACGACUUGCGGCGAUUUGAUGGAGGAGGCAGGAGAGGCGGAGGAGGUGCGAUACAAGCUGACAUUAAUCGGUUCCCUCCCGGUCCACCGCAUGACCACCGCGGCGAUGCUGCCCUGGGUGGUGGCCGAGAUUAGCGGGUCGCGGGAGCCGGGGUCCGCCGUGUCUCUGUGCGUGUCGGCGUCGCGGGUGCGGUGUGUUUGCGUGCGGGCCGAAGGGCUGCCGUGGGACCCCCUGACGCACACGGAGCUGUUCGAGUGCCGCGCCCACCGGGUGGCCAAGCUCAUCCACAACAGCCAGGAGCCCGGCAGCUUCGGAUGCCUGCUCAGAGAUGCGUCGCGCUGUGCCUGCUACGUCUUCAAGUGCCAGGAUAGCGCCGAGGUCCCUGAGAUCAUCAGUACGCUCCGGCAAGCUGGCAAAAGCUCUGCACGCAGCGAUGACGUCCUCACCGUUCCCAACAAGACUUUGUCAGAUCCCGGAGACACCAAGCCCCUGGAAACGCACAUCAGCUUUUCUUUUCUUCCCGCAGCAGGUUCUGUGGUGAACAACCCUGUCCUGUCACCCGCAACCUUUUCCAAAAAGUUUGAGGUGCUCUUCUGCGGCCGUGUGACCGUAGCUCACAAGAAGGCCCCCCCUGCGCUUAUAGACGAGUGCAUUGAGAAGUUCAGCCAGUUAACUCGAGCCUCAGGGAGCACUAGAAGGGGGGCAAACGGCGGCGGGUUAGUGGGUGGACUGAGGAGGGCAUUAGCCUUCCAGUCGAAUGGGCCGGGGAGUCCGACUUUAGGUAACGGUGCUAGUGGGAGCCCCACCGACGGGAAACGUCCGCUGCUGUUUCAUCGGGACCCCAGCUUCCCUUCUCUGCAGGCCCUGGAUGAGAAUGGACUCUCACCAGAGAUCUCUCACGCCAACACUACAGACGUGCGCACUCACUCACCCGGCGUGCGGCCCACCAGUCUGCAGGAGAACAGGACCAUGCUGUUUACGGUGGGCAGGUCGCAGAUCUUUUUGGUUAGUCCGGACACUAAGAAGGUUGCCAUCGAAAAGAGUUUCCGUGAAAUCUCUUUCUGCUCACAAGGUAUUCGCCAUGUGGACCACUUUGGCUUCAUUUGCAGGGAGACUGUGGAAAGAGGAAGCUGCCACUUUGUUUGCUAUAUCUUUCAGUGUACGGAUGAAUCGCUGGUGGACGAGAUCAUGCUGACCUUGAAGCAGGCGUUCUCCGUAGCAGCUGUGCAGCAGAAUGCAAAGAACCAGAGCCAACAGUGCGACAGCUGCCCCAUGCUGCAGCUCCACAAGCUGUGUGAGAGAAUAGAAGGUCUAAAUGCUUCGAAAACCAAACUAGAGCUUCAGAGACACCUGGCUACUUUGGACAACCAGGAUCAAGCUGCAGUCUUUGAGAGUACUAUGAAGUCUCGUCCUAAGAGUGAACAGGAAGAAAAUGAGCUUAUAAUGGCGUCUUUGAGAAACUUGUAUGAGGAGAGACAGAAGCUCCAUCAUCAUCCUUUGCCAAAGGACACCAAACAGAAUGAGGAGGCGGCGGCCGCUCCAGUUGAGGUGCAGCAACAAAGUAGCAGUCGACAGCGUCUUGAGCAGUUCAAGAGUCGAGCCAAGCGCUCUCUCACGGAGUCCUUAGAGGGCAUAUGGAAGGGAAGCAGCAAGGCCAUUGCUCAAAGGGGCAACAGUGAAAGAAGCCAUAGUGCCUCCUCCAUUUCUACUGUCAAUAGCCAGGACCAGUCCCGCUCAGAUGACCCCCUAGCUAACGCUUCCCAAUUGAAACCCACCAGCCCGCUCAGGUGCCACAACUCUACAGGAGACCUGAAGCGGCUUGACCCCUUUGCUUCCCCAUCUCCCUCCCCCUCCUCCUCUCUACCAGGUGACAGUCAGCCGCAGGGCUUCCGUAGACGGGCCAGCACCUUCAGCCACCCCCGUACUCCCUCCUCAGCGGAUGAUUCACCGGCGCGCACUUUAACCUACACACCACGGCAGGACCCUGCGGCUGCUUCAAAGCCCAAGCUCUUACGACACUACUCUGUCAGCACGGACACGCCACACCAGAGCAAACGUCUUCCAUCCGACACCGCUCUUCCUCCCGUUCCUAACUGCUCCUCAUCCUCCUCUCCUCUGCUCCCUCCUUCCUCUCCUUCAACCGGAGCAAGGCUCAGUAAAAGACGUCCGCUGAGUGGACUGCGAGCUCGACUCCACUCCUCAUCCUCUGUUCCUAACUUUUUGAAAUUUCAAUUCCUGGCACCUGUCAAAGAAAACGACUGCCCAGAAACAAAGAGCAGAGAUGUAGCAGCCCUCUAUGUAUCAAGUGCAGAAUAUGAUGUUGGAGAAAGCCCUUUGCGCAGUCACCGACACUCCUGGAGGCAGCAGAUCUUCCUGCGAGUCGCAACCCCUCAGAAAAACACAGAUGUCAAUGAGCGUGGAGACGGCCUAGAUGGGGGUCGGGCAUGUGGGGGCCAAGCUGUCGGUGCAGGAAGUGUGGACUUGUCCAUGAGGGCGCUGCCCGAAGUGAGAACCAGAAGGAGCAAAGAGGAGCUGAGGGAACUAUGGAGGACAGCCAUCCUGCAACAGAUCCUCCUGCAGAGGAUGGAACGAGAGAACCAGAAACUACAGGCUUCUGAGAGCGAUUUGCAGAACAAGCGUCUCAAGCUGGACUACGAGGAAAUCACUCCGUGUCUGAAGGAGAUCACACUGGUUUGGGAGAAGAUGCUGGGAAGUCCUGGAAGGGCAAAGGUCAAAUUUGACGGCGAAACCAUACAUGCGUCAGUUGCUCAAGGGGUGCCGAGGCAGCAUCGAGGCGAGAUCUGGAAGUUCCUCUCUGAACAGUACCUGCUCAAGCAGACGGUCGCCUCUCGGCCACCGGCCAAUGACGCGCCAUACAAAGAGCUGCUCAAACAGCUCACCUCGCAACAGCACGCCAUCCUCAUAGAUUUGGGUCGCACUUUUCCCACUCAUCCCUAUUUCCAAACCCAGCUGGGGGCAGGACAACUGUCUCUGUAUAAUAUCCUGAAGGCAUACUCGCUGUUGGACCCUGAGGUUGGGUACUGCCAGGGCUUGUCCUUCAUCGCUGGAGUUUUGCUUUUACACAUGGGGGAAGAAGACGCAUUCAACAUGCUGAAAUUUCUCAUGUAUGAUGUCGGCCUCCGCAAACAGUACAGGCCCGAUAUGAUUAUCCUGCAGAUUCAGAUGUACCAGUUGUCUCGUCUGCUUCAUGACUAUCACCGGGAUCUCUACAGCCACCUGGAGCAACAGGAGAUCGGGCCCAGCCUGUACGCCACGCCGUGGUUCCUCACCGCCUUCGCCUCACACUUCCCCCUCGGCUUCGUGGCCAGAGUCUUUGAUAUGUUGUUCCUCCAGGGGCCAGAGGUCAUCUUCAAGGUGGCCUUGAGUCUCUUAGGGAGCCACAAGCCUUUGAUCUUGCAACAUGACAGCCUGGAGUCCAUUGUGGACUUCAUCAAGACCACGCUGCCUAACCUGGGCCUGGUGCAGAUGGAGAAAACAAUCAAUCAGGUUUGUGAGAUGGAUGUCUCCAAGCAGCUCCAGGCGUAUGAGGUGGAGUACCACGUCCUGCAGGAUGAACUCCUGGACACGCCCCCGACCCUCAAUCAACACCAGCGCGCCGCACAGCUGGAGAGGACCAAUCAGAGCCUGAGACAGCAGAACCUCGAUCUCCUCGAGGAGCUGCAGGUGUCGUACGCUCGGGUGUGCAGCCUCGAGAGUCGAGUGGCGGCGCUGGCGCAGUCAGAGAGCCGGCUGAAGGAGCGGGUUUCUUCUCUGGAGCUGGAGAAGCAGCAGCUGGCGAGCACGGCCACGCGCCUCAGCAACCUACUCGCCGCCCUUGGCAUCCGAACGACUCCCGAUGGCUGCAGACUGUCCCCGUCUGAUGUGGAGAUAAAUGCGCCCGAAGUCACGGCGGGCGCUACGGUCGGCACACAAGCGGCGCAGGGGGAUCGGACUUUGGACUCCCCGCGCAAACCCGCGCGUGUAACGGAGAAGGUGGUCAACGGACAAGGGGAGACUUGAUUCUCGACAUCUUUUGUCCUUCGUUUCACCUGCAGGCUUCUUUAAUCAAACGAGGAGCGGGACGGAGAGAGGGAGAAUCAGUAUGAAAGCUCUUGUGUGAUAAACAAGCAUGUGAUUUGACCAGCCUGUCCCAAAGAUGGCACUGCCACCCACGGGCCUCACAGGAGCACUUGUACUUGUUUCUGUGAGCAGCUACAAGGAGCCAGCACACCGUGCAGCACUUUGUUCCCAAAGAACCAAAACGAGAGCAUGCGUACGACUGAGGACAUUUCACAAGUAAAACCGAUUGAAAAGCCCAGAAAGACGCAAGCUUAAUAAACCGUGGUGGCUCCUGCAUUUCCUAUUUCAUUUGUGUUACAAGAGGAACAACAAAGGUCUGGAGUUGUGCCACCAGUCAGUCACUUUUUUGUUUUGUUUUAAAUUUAAAUUACCUCUUGAGUAUGAACCCGUACUGUAACGGUUACACUGUAUUCCUUCCACCACAGCUUCAGCCCUCAAGUCAUGAAUACAACUGCAUGUGCGUGCGUGCACGCGCACUCGUUGCAACAAUCAAUUUGAGUUACACUGUAAACAUUUUAUCCCAUGCAUCUGUUUGUUUUAUUUGAAAUGAUUUUUCUGUUAUUGCCAAUCUAUACUUAAAAUAUAUUCCAUAUCAUUUCAA